AUUUAGGUUGACAUUGAUACAAAAAUUAAAAUGUGAAUUCUAACUGGUCAGACAUUGAAAUGGUGAAUCAAUCGAUUAAGGUUUAUGCUAGAGUAAAGAAAGGAUUUGAAGAAAAACCCUCGGUUCCUUACGAUAUUACAACGAAUAAAGAAGAUUUUGAAGAUUUAACAUUUUAUUUAAGCUCAAGAUGUACUUUAAACAAUAUAUCUGGAUUCAGGUUUCAUAAAGUAUUCAAUGUAAAUUCAUUACAAGGUGACAUAUUCGAUACAGUCGCAAAGCCUGCAAUUACAAGUGUAAUGGAAGGAUUUAAUGGAACCAUUUUUGCAUACGGACAGACUGGUAGUGGGAAAACCUACACAAUGACUGGUUCGGCGAAUAAUUAUGAUGAAAGGGGAAUUAUUCCAAGAAGUAUACAGUAUAUUUUUCAAUACUAUGAAAAUGCGAGUUUCACUUUUAGAAGACAAGAAUGGCGAUGCGCAUAUUCGAAAUUUAAAUGUUUUUCCUGUCAGCACAGAACAAGAAGCUAUGCGAUUGUUGUUUUUAGGAGACACUAACAGAUCAGAAAGAUUAUCAAAAACCAACACGAAGGGCCCGCGAGUUCAAGAAGCUAAAUCUAUAAAUUUAUCUUUACAUCAUUUGCAGCAUGUUAUAUUAGCAUUAUCUAAAUCCAAAAGAACUCAUAUUCCAUACAGAAAUAGUUUUUUAACUCAUAUGUUAAGAGAUUCGUUAAAUGGCAAGUCUAUAACGAGUAUGUUAGCAACAAUAUCGGCGAAAAAAGUGAAUAUAGAGGAUAGUAAAUUUUUGAGUAAACAGAGAAUGGACGCCUGCGUAGCGAAGAUUAAAUCUUUUAUUGGAUCCAACAAAGGCGCCAUUAAUAUCGAACCAGAUAUGACAGAAGUUCAAUUCUGUUUUAGUUUACUGAAAAAAGAAGUUGAAAAUAAGAAAAAAGAAUGUGUAGAUCUCGAAAAAUCUUUAGUUAAAAGGAAUUCGGAGAUAUCUGUGUUAAGUGAAGAGUUAAAUAAAAAAGAACUGGAAAUUGCAAACUUAAAAAAACUCAUCGACCGUAUUCCAGAAAAUCCAGCUCCGUUAAAAUAUAAACCAAUAGACUUACUUAAUUCAACCCCGAAUAAAAGUGAUUACUUUGGAGUCGUACAUAAACCUCCUAAUCAAUUUUCUAAACGUCCCAAUACAUAUGAAGAAAAACGUCUAUAUGAAAUAUAUACAUCCAAUCCAGAAGUGUCAGAAACUCUUAACUAUUACAAAAGAGAAUUAGAAGAACGGUUGAAUGUGGCAAAGAAGUGCGCAAAAGACAUUGAGGUAUCUCAAAGAAAAAUCAGUAAUAUUAAACAAAAACUAGAUGGUGUAUUGAGUGUAACUGAGAAGAACCAGCUUCUUAUAGAGUUAGAAAAUCAGCAAACUUUAUAUAAGGCAGCCCUAGAUCAUUUAAGGCUUUUACAAAGCGAAACGUUUCGCCUUCAAUGUGAUCUUAAGAAAGCUGAAGGAACGUCACAAUCUGAAGGAAUGUCGCAAUCCCAAUUUCAAGAGUGGAAAAAAGAUUAUUGUUCAUCUCUUUUUACACCGGCGACUUUCGAUUUAAACGAAUAUAAAAAAAUGCCUUUAGCUAUAACACAUUAUCCUUUAGAAGGAAACCAUUCAAACCAAGUUGUGAAAGCUCGUGAUAAUGAUCAAAUACUUAUAAAUGGACCAAAAUCGAUAAAACAAGUACAUUUUGGUCCAGUACAAAAUACUAAUAUGCGUCCCGAGGAUACUUCACAUUAUACAAAGCAAGAAUCACAUCCUACAAAGCAAGAUUUACAUUAUACACAGCAAGAACCUAAUGUACCUGAUAUAUUAAGAUCAAGCAAAAAAAGCACAAAUAUUCCUUCUUUAACCGAAUCUACAGAUAGAUAUGUCAGUAACAAUUAUGGUGCUAGUAUACUACAAAACACAAAUAAUGUGAGAAUGCAUAAAAAUAAUAAAAGUAUCCAUUACGGCGAACCCUCCCAAUCCAAUAUAGCUACUCCGGAUUCAAGACGUCCAGUAGGUUGUAAUGAUCUUGUUACAUACCCUAUAAUUAAUUUUAGUCAAAUUAGACCUUACUAUGGUGGCCAGAGAGAAGAUAAUUUGCAUCUGGGCAAUAAUUCUUAUAUAUUACCUGAAGAUCUUGUGGCUACUAAGGAAUCUGGUUAUACCAUGACUUCAGCCGAAAACAAAAAAAGUGGAUUUUAUCCGAAGGACUCCGGUUUAUGUAUUCAACCACCUAGUAACAUGGAAUGUACUUACGAUAAUUUAUCCGAGAGAAGUAAAUCUGCAACUCCCUUGCCUGUAAGUCCUUCACCAAGGUCUGAAUACUCUCCAAAAGAAAAUAAAUCCAAAGAACAAGAAAAAAAUGACGAUACAAAUAAAGGCCUUGAGAUCUAUUUUAUAGAAACGGAUACUACUGAAUUUAAGGAGUUUAUGAAUAAUGUUACUUUAACUGGAUCAGCAGAUAUCGACAAAGAAAUUUUUGAUUUUUACAGAAGCAAAUUUUGUUAAUGUUAAUAAAUUGUUUACAU